AUGAGGCUCAACCCAGAGAAAUGUGCCUUCGGGGUACAAGGAGGCAAAUUCCUUGGGUUCAUGCUGACCUCACAAGGAAUUGAAGCAAACCCUGAGAAAUGUGAGGCAAUACUUAACAUGGCGAGCCCUAAAAUAGUAAAAGAAGUACAACAAUUAGCAGGAAAGGUAGCGGCACUAUCUCGGUUCUUGCCAGCAGCAUCAAGCCAAUCAUAUCAUUUCUUCCAAACAAUAUCAAAGAAUAAGAAGUUUCAAUGGACAGAAGAGUUCGAGAAAGCGUUUACUGAACUCAAAACCAUUCUUUCAUCACUACCCGUGCUGCAAAGACCAGAAGUCGGUAAACCUUUAUACUUAUACUUAUCUGUUUCUAAUUAUUCUAUAAGCUCAGCUCUGGUCCUUGAGACAGAAAAAAUACAACAACCGGUAUACUUCGUCAGUAGAGUCAUGCAAUCGACAGAACAAAAGUAUCCGAGGAUAGAACAGCUAGCUUUAGCACUUGUAAUAACGGCAAGAAGACUAAGGCACUAUUUCCAAAGUCACACAAUAAUAGUAAGGACAAACCAACCACUAAGACAAAUACUGACAAAACCAGAACUGGCCGGACAUCUGACCAAAUGGUCUAUCGAGCUCUCAGAAUUCGAUAUCCAAUUUCAACCAAGGUCGACAUUAAAGGCACAGAUCCUCGCAGACUUCAUCUUAGAACUAACCCAGGACGAGCACAACAAAUCUUGGGAAUUACACGUGGAUGGGGCAUCCAGCCGAGGUGGAAGCGGAGCUGGGAUAAUCCUGAAAGAAGGAGACAAAGUGAUGGCCGAGCAAUCCCUCCAGUUCCACUUUCCAGCAAGCAACAAUCAGGCCGAAUAUGAGGCCCUCAUAGCAGGACUCAAGCUCGCCCUAAAUCUCCAAGCAAAAAGCCUGACAGCACACUGCGAUUCCCUCUUAGUUGUGCAACAAAUCCGAGGAGAAUUUCAGGUAAAAGAUCCCUUGCUAGAGCGAUAUUGGCUCACAGCAAAGGAUCUCAUUUCAAAGUUCAGCUCAUUCAUUAUUCAACAUGUACAUAGAGAAAAGAAUGUUAGAGCAGACAUAUUAUCCAAACUUGCCGCCACUAGGGCGGACACACAAACAUCGGCACUAUCACAACUAACGCUUAAGAAACCCAGCAUUGAACUAUUAUCUAUAACAAGCAUUAACCAUCUCCAAGACUGGAGAACACCUUUCCUUGAGUACAUCAAUGCAGGUAUCAUUCCCAGAGACGAGCUCAACCCACAACACUUCAGACGAAAAGCAAGCCUCUACACAAACAUAGAAGGAGAGCUAUACAAGCGCGGUUUUUCACAACCAUUACUAAAAUGCCUAAACAAAGAUGAGGCAAAAGAGGUGAUGGACGAAGUCCAUGAGGGAGUCUGUGGGAACCACAUCGGAGGUCGAGCUCUUGCCGCAAAGAUUGUCCGAACAGGAUAUUAUUGGCCAACCAUAAAGAGGGAUUGCAUAACAAAAGUCAAAACAUGCGAUAAAUGUCAAAAGCAUCCAGCCAUCUCUACAAAACUGGCCGAAGCAUUACACAGCAUGGAGGUAAGCUGGCCUUUCCACAGAUGGGGGCUCGACAUUCUUAGCCCAUUCCCAAUAGCUCCAGGUCAGCACCAUUUUAGCUCAGUCGAACACCUACAAACCAAUGGGCAGACCGAAGCUGCUAACCGAGUUAUAUUGCCGGCAAUAAAGAAGAAGCUCGAUAAUGCAAAAGGAGAAUGGGCGGAGCUAAUACCAGAAGUAUUAUGGAGUUACAACACCACAAUACAAACAACAACGGGCGAAACACCCUUCAAGCUAGUCUAUGGGUCGGAAGCUUUAAUCCCGGUAGAGGUCGGAGUCCCCACGCUAAGAGCCGACCUAUAUGAUGAGCAACACAAUAUAAAUGCAAGAAAUGCCGAGCUUGAUCUCCCAGAAGAGGACUGA